GCAGAGACGUUGCAAAGAGAGCGAUGGGCUGCUGUAACAAGAGGUGCAGACUCCUCGCCGGAGCUGUCGUCGGGGCGGCCAUGGCCCUACUGGGGGGCAUCUUGAUCCCAGUGGGGAAUGGACUCAUUGAGCAAACGGUCUUACAGGAAGCCGUGAUCGCAGAAGGAACGGCGGCGUAUGAGAACUGGCUGGCACCGGGGGGAGCGGUCUACAGACAGUUCUGGUUCUUCGAUGUGCAAAACGCCAGGGAGGUGGUGGGGGAAGGUGCCGUUCCGGCGGUGGUGGAGAAAGGACCUUACACCUACUUGACCAGAUACUUGCCCAAAGCCAACAUCACCUUCGAGCCCAACGACACCGUGUCUUACCUGCUUCCGCUGGGUGCCACGUUUGAGCCGUCCUUGUCGGUGGGAGCGGAAGAGGACAUCAUCACCUGCUUGAACUUGGCGGUGGCGGGGGCGUAUUCCAAGAUUCCCAAAGUGCUGCAUCCCUUACUCGAGACCAUGAUCAAGAGCAGCAACUCGUCUUUGUUCCAGCACCGCAGCAUCAAAGAGCUGCUGUGGGGCUACAAGGACCCCAUGUUGAAAGCCACCGUGGGCCUUUUCACACCCUACAACGGCACCUUUGACGGUUACUACACCGUCUUCACCGGCAAGGGCGACAUCAGCAAAGUGGGCAUGAUCGACAAGUGGCGAGGAUCCAGGAGUUUGACCUUCUGGGACGACAAGUAUUGCAACAUGAUCAACGGGACAGAUGGUUCAAACUUUGCUCCUUUUGUGGAUGUGACAAAGCCCCUCUUCUUCUUCUCCUCGGACAUCUGCAGGUCGGUGUCAGCCAGCUUCCAGUACGCCAGGGACCUGAAGGAAAUCCCGGUGUACCGCUUCGGAUUGCUGCAGUCCACCUUAGCCUCGCCGGUGGACAACCCCGAAAACCACUGCUACUGCCGGGAUCUCAAGACCACCAAAAACUGCACCAUGGCAGGGGUUCUGGACAUUAGUUCUUGUCAAGACGGACAGCCCAUCUACAUCUCCUUACCGCACUUUCUUCAUGGCACUCCUUCCCUGCAUAAGGCCAUAAAGGGGCUCAACCCUAUCGAGGAGCACCAUAAGACCUAUCUGGACGUGGAGCCCAUAACGGGAAUUACUCUGGGGUUUGCCAAGAGAAUUCAGGUGAACAUGAUGUACGGACCCUCCAACGUCAUCACGGUAUUGAAGAAAAUCAACGAAAGAACCGUUUUCCCUCUGGUUUGGAUGAAUGAGACGGCAGAAUUGGACGAGGAAUCCGCGGCCCUGCUCAAGGAGGAGCUGGUGGACCGGAUCAAGAUGCUGGACGUGACCCAGAAGGUCCUACUGGGCUCUGGCCUGGCUGUUUUUGCCAUUUGUCUGAUGUGGUACGCCGCCAUUAGAUGCAACGAUGACAAGUCCGAAACUGUCUGAUACUGCUCUUUUGAUACGCACUUAUUUAUAAUGUCUCCCGUCCGUCCCUUUGAUAUUCAUACUGUGAUUUUUGUAAAGGUUAAAACUUGACUUUAAUUCAACUAAUCAGGGAUCCAGGGCCUUCUUUAAGUGCAGUUUGAUAAGCUACAUGACGUGCGACAUGCUAGUUCUGUUUGUUUGUUUGUGUUUAUAUGCUUUGUGGCUUCAAAAGGAAUAAAAGCAGAAGUACCGUUUCGCU